AUGGCCACAAUGCUAGAAAGAAAAUUGACAGUGGAAAUUAAACCCCAAUCAACAGUAGACAUCAAAUCAGAAGAAAUGCUGGGGUAUUUCCAACAAAGAGAGGCCCCAUUGCACACUAUUAGAUGCUUCCAAAAUGUGGGUCAAUCAAAGUUCUUGGUGUCGUUCUCUAAGGAGGACGACAUCAAAAACUUUGAAAAUUGGUUUGAAUUUGGGACUGGUUCUGAUCCCUACAAGGGGGUGAGAUAUACCAUUGAAAGGGCAACUAGACUCCCCCAGUAUAACCAACAGCCGGGUACCAGAAUCACCAUCUUCGGCGUCCCAUACGAGAUGGACACAAAGUACGUCCUCUCGAAAAUAAACCAGUACUGUGUGGCCAAUAAGAUCAUCCGCUGUACAUAUAGAGAUCAUCCAUUUAUGUACAACGGAGUCUGUUUCAUUUACACCAAAAAGGUAGAUAACCCCAUACCAUCCAACCUUACCAUUCAAGGAUGUAGAUUGGGGGUAAAAUAUGAAGGACAGCCCCAGCCUGAUAGGAAGUGCUAUGUCUGUCAAGUUGAAGGACAUACUGCCAGGGACUGCCCUUCUAGACCACCACCACCCCCUAUCUCACCCAUCACUGACAAAGAGGGGUCGGGUGCCUUUCAAGUUUACAAUCCUCGUAAGAAAGCCCCGAAUCAAAUUUCCAAAUCGGUGGGAGAUCUCCUCAAAACUAUUAGGAACACCUCUACGCCCAUUCAGUCCAAUAAAAACAAUCUGGACACACCGGCUACCCCUGGCUGGGUACCGGAUGAAGCUGAAUGGGAAAACGUAGAGGAAAGUGACUAUGAUAAAAGUAAAGAGGAGAUCGCUCAGCGAUCGAGUCUCAUAGCCAGCACAUCCAAAGCGCCAAUACCCAAAGCCCCGAAAGACAAACGUUCAACCCUCCAAGACACGCCCCUAUCCUCCAGAUCCAACUCUAAAGAUAGGAAAAGGGAUAGGGACAGGAGUAGCCUACUCGAAGAUCAUAAAAAACACAAGAUAGCCACUCAUGAAACAUCUGAGAGUAGAGAAUCGAGUACCAGUAUGGAUCCCUCGAACUAUACUACUAGAGGGAAGGCUACUCAAAAAAAGAAUAAAUAG